AUGAGUCAAAAGCCAACCUCAACAAAUUCACAAGACGUCUUACAAUUCCUUGACAGUCUUGACACAUACAAUACAAAUGAUAAUUCUGCUGCCAAUCUAUCGAUAAGCGGGACAGCAAGUGUAACUGGAGGUGGUGAAGUAGGCGGGACAAACGCGAAUCAAGCAACGGACACUCAAUCUGUGCUAGAUUUUCUUGAUCAAAUAACACAAAAGAAUGUGUCUCCAAAUUCAAAUGCUGAAACUACACCGUCUACGACUAAUGUUAAUUUUAAUGCAACAAAUAGUAAUUUGUUAUCCGAGUCGUCAACGACUACUCGAGAGCAAAUUGAAGAACAAAAUAAUUCACAACAGAAACAGCAGCAACAGCAAUCAAUUAAUCAAAGUGGAGGCCCUUGGUCAUGGGGUGGGCUUCUCGCAACAGCGACGACCGCUUAUAAAACGGCUUCGACUGUAGUAGAUACCUCUGUAAAAGGUGCUUUAGCAACAGCUCAAACAACUGUUGGGACAGUACGAGCUAACGAAACUACUAAAAAGUUAGAAGAGACAGUUCGUGGAUAUGUUAAUAAAGAGGCAAUUGAGAAAAUUGGUUCUGAUCUGAAAACGUUAGGUCUAACUACAAUAAACACGGUGGUCAAUGCUGUAGCGCCGCCAAUUGCAGAACAUGAAGUUGUUGAGGUGUGGUUGGCCCAUGAUAUGGUGGGAUAUGUAGGAGUAGAAUUACUUGUGUAUAAAGCAUUCAUGAAAAUAAUGGAACAAGUGGAAGGUGGUGAUAUUGUUGUUCGAAGAGGAAAUGAACCAAAGAAAAAUUUAGAUGAUGGCACUUAUAAAGAUUUAAAUCUUUGUGAGGGUUUCGCCGAAGCGGUAGGACUUGCUACGCCUGCCAAAGCAAAUCCUUACAGUCUACCCGUCAAUAAGGACCCUGAAUCGUCUACUACUACUACUGAUUCCGACCAGUAUUUAUUCUAUGUAAUUGUUCUCACCGAUCCAACUCACAAUCUCAACUUCAAAACUUUUUCACAAUCACUUCCGAUGCAUUGGCUUGAUAUUCCGUAUGAAAUGAAUGAAUGGGUAGAAGAAAAAAUGGUAGAAGCGUUAAAACUGGCUGUUCAAGCGAUUGCACAAGAUUAUGUUUGGGCUCGAAUGACUGGUGAUGGUCAUCAUCCACCUGUGCGAGUAGAGGUGCCAAUUGUUCACGUCUGA